CCUUUCAUGAUUGUCCUUCAAUUCACAAGAGGGUGAAUGUAUCGCACAGGGGAAAUCAUCAGAGCGAGCGAAACAGCGCCCUCUGUCUCUCUACGUGUCUGUCAUCUAUCUGAUGCUGUCUGGUCCAAACGAGUAUGACAUUGUUGCCGCCCUUCGCAUUGAAAGCAAGGGAAGUCAGCAAGCAUUUGGUAUCCCUUGACAAAAAAAAUAUAAAAAAGAUGUACCAAUCUGCGUUGAUCUAAUCUGAGCGAGCUCAACUGUGAAUGGUCCUGGCACCAAAAAAAGGUGGAUUUGGCAUCAUUCCUAUCAAAUCCCUUUGAGAGCAUAGGUCAUUGACAGAAAAACUUGAAUUGCUGCAUCUCCUUGUGUUGUUGUCCUCAGGUAGCUAAAAUUGUCCCUUUCCUAAAUUAGCCAUGGAUGGAGAUAGGGAUUUGGACUUUUUUAAAGUCUGGUUUUGUUUAAUUCUCCGUACUAGCCAAUGAUUAUAACUUAUUCUAAUCCAUCCAUUAAUUCCUACAUUGUUGUGCCCCUGGCCUGAGAGGAUGGAAGUUCAAUAUGUAGCUAGAUGUAGAAGGCUGAUGUUAAACUAGCUAACGUUGCCCAUGAAUGGAAGUUAGGUUAGCGAGCAAGCAUUUUAGCCAGGUAGCCUAGGACAACAACAAAUAAAAGAGUGUACUGCAUGACAAAGUGAUAGACCAUUUCGUCAACAUGAAAGAGAGCAGCAUGGCAUUGGCUAGUAGGGUGAGUCAACAUGUUUUUCUACUUGCACGCACGCACACAAAAACACACACACACACAGAAAUCAGAACCAUGGACAGCCACGUCGUAUUUAGCUUACAUUGAUUGGACUAAAUCGUUUUUGGUAUAUUUUAGUUGUCACUGUACUAUACUAAGCAGAGGGGAUUUGAUGAUGUUGACAUGGUGCUGGAAUAGUGGAGGCAGCGCCUGUUUUCUUUGCGUGACUUGCGGUAACUCUCUGUGGUUCUAAAUCAAUAGAGUGGUCUGAAAAUGUCGCAAACAUGAACUUGCUUGACCAUGCUGUAGGUCAUGUAACUGUCUGUUACUGUACAUGCAAAUUGCUUUCUGGACUGGACAGAGGUUGUUAUCCGGUUUUGUGAAAAAACAAAUGUGGGGUUGAAUUUAUUCUGCCACUGUCUUCUUACUGUCUCUGUCUUAAGACCUAUAUAUCACGGUAAAAAGGCGUAUAAAUUAAGCUUUUAGAGCAAACAACUGUCACGAUCGUCUUGUGAAGAGAGUGAGGACCAACAUGCAGCGCGUGGAAAAUACAUCUUUUUAUUUUGAAGAAGGAAAACGAAACAAAACACUUACAAACUAACAAAACAACAAACGACCGUGAAGCUACAAAACGAAAGUGCACACACAAGCUACUAACGUUUAGACAUAGACAAUUACCCACCACAAACUAAAGCCUAUGGCUACCUUAAAUAUGGCUCCCAAUCAGAGACAACAGAAACCAGCUGUCUCUAAUUGGGAACCCAUUCAGGCAACCAUAGACUUACCUAGACAACUACACACAACAUAGACAACUAUACUAAACAUAAACCCAACUACUCUAAAUAAACCCCCUAACCUUACAACCACCCUAGACACUACAAAAACCCACAUAAAUUACCCAUGUCACACCCUGACCUAACUAAAAUAAUAAAGAAAACAAAGAAUACUAAGGCCAGGGCGUGACAACAACACAAUUAUCACAACACAUACAGUGCAUUCGAAAAGUAUUCAUAUCCCUAAACUUUUUCCACAUUUUGUUACGUUGCUGCCUUAUUCUAAAAUUGAUUAAAUUGUUUUCCCUCAUCAAUCGACACACAAUACCCCAUAAUGACAAAGCAAAAACAGGGUUUUAGAAGUUUGCAAAUGUAUAAAAUAAAAUAUACAGAAAUAUGACAUUUACAUAAGUAUUCAGACCCUUUAUUCAGUACUUUGUUGAAUCACCUUUGGCAACGAUUACAUCCUUGAGUCUUCUUGGGUAUGACGCUACAAACUUGGCACACCUGUAUUUGGGGAGUUUCUUCCAUUCUUCUGUGCAGAUCCUCUCAAGUUCAUUCAGGUUGAAUGGGGAGCGUCGCUGCACAUUAUUUAAUCUAUUUUAGAAUAAGGCUGUAACGUAACAAAAUGUGGUAAAAGUCAAGGGGUGUGAAAACUUUCUGAAUGCUCUGUAGGUUGUAAUUGGCUUGGCUUCCGCAGUGAUUUUACCCGCACCGCUACUGCUCAUUACUUACAUGUUUAAAUCCAAACCAAUACUGGUGUAAUGUAAAGAAUGUGAAACCAGGUUGAACAGUUUUGGUUAUCUUCCCUGUCAAGACAGGUUAUAAGUGAUGAGUAAUACAUGCAGUCAUUGAUAACCAACCUUAUGUGAAUGAAUUCCCAAACACUUUUCCAAUGCAACUUUCAGGGUUAUUGAGUGCAAUAGAGUACAAUAAAAUACACAUACAGUAAUAUGGUGGCCACAUGCCUGAAUAUGAUUUAGAAGAGGCAACUGUGUGAAAUUGGAAUGAUACAGAACUACAGCCUACUACGUAGUUCCACUCAUAACUGGGUUAGGGUGGAUCCCGUAGUAGUGAUCAUCAGGCUAGAUAGAGUAAGCUAUCACUAUAGUCAAAUAUUAUGGAUAUAGUGACAAGAUACUUGUCACUUCGUCCUAACAAUGGGAGUUGUCCACAAAGCAGCACGGUGGGCUCUCUAGCUCCCGCCACUCCUUUCUUUGGAUUGAUGGAGACAUCUUAUUAUUUGAAUAUUUUUCUGAAUAUUCGAUGAGGGUUGUUUGACAUCAACCGCCUGUAUUCAAUGGAGAGAUGCUAUGCCACUAGCGUCAUGCCGUGAAUAUGUAUAGCCAUCUUGAGACAACUCCAACAUAAAGGGUUUUUUCUCAAAGUUGCGGGGAUGUCACGUGUCCUACUUAUAUCAGUCGUUACAACCUAUGCAUUAUGACACUUCUAUUCAAUUAAAUAAACCUCACGUAGCAAAUAAGCAAUACAAUUUUUGUUGUUGACCAAAUUCGACACUCUCAUUGAACCUCCAUACAAAAACUCAUUUUUUGGUGGGCGGAACAACGCCAUCUGCUGGAAGGAGACAGAUUUUCCGUUGAGUUGGACCUCUCUUCUUCCUCUCUGGUGGUGUGACGCGAAUCAGCGCCAAGCAAGCAGCGUGACGUUCUUUUCAUGUGCAGUAAAAUUGUUUCACACCACAAAUUAGCCUUGGGCUUGUUUCAUAACUAGAAAGCAGCAAAAUCUGACACAAUCUAACAAUGAACUUGAUUCAUACAUUUUUAAAGUACUAAUUCUCUGUGGCCCAUAAUGAAUGUUCCCACUGUUUCUACUCAUGUAGAUCCAGGGUCGUGCACAUACCUUUCAGGGGGAAAGUGCUCAAACUGAAAAAAGGUAAUAAAAAAUUACUUUAUAAUAUGAAUUAUCUUCUAACUCAAUAUACAGUGCAUUCAGAACGUAUUCAGACCCCUUGACUUUUUCAACAUUUUGUUACUUUACAGCCUAAUUCUAAAAUGUAUUAAACUUGUUUUUUCCCUCAUCAUUCUACACACAGUACCCUAUAAUGACAAAGCAACAACAGGUUUUUCCCAUUCUUCUCUGCAGAUCCUCUCAACCUCUGUCAGGUUGGAUGGGGAGCGUUGAUGCACAGCUAUUUUCAGGUCUCUCCAGAGAUGUUCGAUCGGGUUCAAGUCCAGGCUCUGGCUGGGCCAUUCAAGGACAUUCAGAGACUUGUCCCGAAGCCCCUCCUGCGUUGUCUUGGCUGUGUGCUUAGGGUCGUUGUCCUGUUGGAAGUUGAACCUUUGCCCCAGUCUGAGGUCAUGAGUGCUCUGGAGCAGGUUUUCAUCAAGGAUCUCUCUGUACUUUUCUCCGUUCAUCUGUCCCUUGAUCCUGACUGGUCUCCCAGUCCCUGCCGCUGCAAAACAUCCCUACAGCAUGAUGUUACCAUCUUCAUUCAUGCUUCACCGUAGGGUUGGUGCCAGGUUUCCUCCAGACGUGACGCUUGGCAUUCAGGCCAAAGAGUUCCAUCUUGGUUUCAUCUAACCAGAGAAUCUUCUUUCUCAUGGUCUGGGAGUUCUUUAGGUGCCUUUUGGCAAACUCCAAGUGGGCUGUCAUGUGCCUUUGACUGAGGAGUAGCUUCCACCUGGCCACUCUAAGAAUAAAGGCCUGAUUGGUGGAGUGCUGCAAAGAUGGUUGUCCAGAGGAACUCUGGAGCUCUGUCAGAGUGACUUGGUCACCUCCCUGACCAAGGCCCUUCUCCCCCGAUUGCUCAGUUUGGCCAGGCGGACAGCUCUAGAAAGGGUCUUGGUGGUUCCAAAUUUCUUCCAUUUAAGAAUGAUGGAGGCCACUGUGUUCUUGGGGACCUUCAAUGAUGCAGACAUUUUUUGGUACCCUUCCCCAGAUCUGUGCCUCGACACAAUCCUGUCUCGAGCUCUACGGACAAUUUCUUCCACCUCAUGGCUUGGUUUUUGCUCUGACAUGCACCAUCAACUGUGGGACCUUAUAUAGACAGGUGUGUGCCUUUCCAAAUAAUGUCCAAUCAAUUGAAUUUACCACAGGUGGACUCCAAUCAAGUUGUAGAAACAUCUCAAGGAUGAUCAAUGAAAACUGGAUGCACCUGAGCUCAAUUUCAAGUCUCAUAGCAAAAGGUCUGAGUACUUAUGUAAAUAAGGUGUUUAUGCUUUUUAUUCUUAUUACAUUUGCAAAAAUGUCUAAAAACCUGUUUUGGCUUUGUCAUUAUGGGGUAUUGUGUGUACAUUGAUGAGGGGAAAAUGCAUUUAAUCCAUUUUAGAAUAAGGCUGUAAUGCAACAAAAUAGUGGGGGAAAAUCUAAUUAGCAGGAUAUGUUACAUUUGCUGUACAUAAGACAGGUUACUUAAGGCAAAAAAUAGACUCUUAUGGGACUCCCAAUCACAGACGGAUGUGAUGCCGCCUUGGUCCAGAACUCUUUAAGCACUAAGCAUGAAUAGACAUGUUUUCUACCCAAUCAAAGAAUCAGAGAAUGAAUCUAGUACUGAAAGCAUAAGCUACAGCUAGCUAUAACUGCAGUGCAUACAAUGUGGAGAGUAGUUGACUGAAAGAGACAGAAAGACAAUAGUUGAAGAGUUUUGAACAAAUAAUUUAUUCAAAAAUGAAGGAGACACAAGAGAGAGAGAGCUAAUUAUAUUUCAUUUUAUUUUUUUCCCCUUUCACCCUCACUUACACUAUCGUUCAAAAGUUUGGGGUCACUUAGAAGUGUCAUUCUGUUUGGAAAAAAAGCUAUUUUUCUGUCCAUUAAAAUAACAUCAAAUUGAUCAGAAAUACAGCAGAGACAUUGUUAAUUUUUAUGGAAUAUCUACAUAGGUGUCCAGAGGCCUAUUAUCAGCAACCAUCACUCCUAUGUUCCAAUGGCACGUUGUGUUAGCUAAUCCAAGUUUAUUAUUUUAAAAGGCUAAUUGAUCAUUAGAAAACCCUUUUGCAAUUAUGUUAGCACAGCUGAAAACUGUUGUACUGAAUAAAGAAGCAAUAAAACUGGCCUUCUUUAGACUAGUUGAGUAUCUGGAGCAUCAGCAUUUGUGGGUUCGAUUACAGGCUCAAAAUGGACAGAAACAAAGACCUUUCUUCUGAAAUUCGUCAGUCUAUUCUUGUUCUGAGAAAUGAAAGCUAUUUCAUGCAAGAAAUUGCCAAGAAACUCACAUUUCUAAGUGACCCCAAACUUUUGAACAGUAGUGUACAUAGCUAGCAAAUGCAGCUAGCUAGAUUAGUCUACUCAAACACCCGACUCAAACAGAGAGGGAUGAUAUGUUAGCUCGCUAACUAUGGCUAUCCAACACUGAAACUCUUCCAAGUCAAGGUAAGCUUUUGGUUUAUUCAUUUAUUACCACUGGGGCCCGCCUGUGUAACUGCUAAACUGCUUGCUGUACUGCAUGAUUGUAGUGGAUUUACUAAUGAGUUAGUUCUACUAACUAUGUUGAUUAUGACAGCUGACUUGCAUAGUUAAAUAAAUAAUUAAUUAUGAUGUUAGCUAAUAUGGUGACAACGAUGUACUGUAGGCUGUGUAUAGCGGUUAGAGGUUAUGAUAUGAAGGUUUGGCUUGGAAAGUUUUUUUUUACCUGGUCACAGACAGCUGAUUAAUCAAUCAAUCAAAUGUAUUUAUGAAGCUCUUUUUACAUCAGCCAAUGUCACAAAGUGAUAUACAGAAACCCAGCCUAUAACCCCAAAUAGCAAGCAAUGCAGAUGUAGAAGCAGUACAUGGCCAAGAUGUUCAAACAUUCAUAGAUAACCAGCAGAGUCAAAUAAUAAUAAUCACAGAGGUUGUAGAGGGUGCAACAGGUCAGCACCUCAGGAGUAAAUGUCAGUUGGCUUUUCAUAGCCGAUCAUUCAGAGUUAGAGACAGUAGGUGCGGUAGAGAGAGAGAGUUGAAAACAGCAGGUCCGGGAAAAGGUAGUGCAUCCGGUGAACAGGUCAGGGUUCCAUAGCCGCAGGCAGAACAAUUGAAACUGAAGCAGCAGCAUGACCAGGUGGACUGGGGACAGCAAGGAGUCAUCAGGCCAGGUAGUCCUGAGGCAUGGUCCUAGGGCUCAGGUCCUCCGAGAGAAAGAGAGAAUUAGAGGGAGCAUACUUAAAUUCACACAGGACACUGGAUAAGACAGGAUAAAUACUCCCGGUAUAACAGACUGACCCUAGCCCUCCGACACAUAAACUAUUGCAGCAUAAAUACUGGUGGCUGAGACAGGAGGGGUCGGCAGAAUAUAACCCCACCCACUUUGCCAAAGCACAGCCCCCACACCACUAGAGGGAUAUCUUCAAUCCACCAACUACCCUGAGACAAGGCCGAGUAUAGCCCACAAAGAUCUCCCCCACGGCACGAACCCGAGUGGGGCGAAACCCGGACAAAGAUCACAGUCGUUAAAGGGUGCCCGGGUCCUGGUGACUGGUGCCAGUGCGGGAAUAGGUGAACAAAUGGCAUAUCACCUCGCCGGCUUUGGUGCCCAGGUGGUUAUUACAGCCAGGAGGGAAAAGGUUCUACAGCAGGUAGCCCGGAAAUGCCAGGUGUUGGGGGCCCCGAAAGCUCUAUACAUAGCAGCAGACAUGGCCAAUCCGUCUGACCCAGAGAGAGUGGUGAAGUAUGCUGUGGACAAGCUGGGAGGACUGGACUACCUGGUGCUGAAUCACUUAGGACCCAGCCCAUUCACUAUGUGGGAUGGAGAUGUGGAACACACUAGAUGGUUAAUGCAGGUGAAUUUCCUCAGCUAUCUGCAGAUGGCAAAGACAGCUCUGCCUACCCUUGAGCAGAGUAAGGGUUCCAUUGUGGUCGUCUCCUCCUUGUUAGGAAAAAUGAGCAGUCCGUUUGUGGCUCCCUACACGUCCACCAAGUUUGCCUUGAACGGCUUCUUUGGGACGUUGCAGCAUGAGCUUGCCAUGCAGAGGAGCAACGUGUCCAUCACCAUCUGUAUCCUGGGCCUGAUCGAUACAGACUCAGCUAUGGAGAAAGUCAGGGGCAUUACCAACAUCCAAGCCUGGCCGGCCAGUGAGGCGGCUCUGCACAUCAUCACUUCUGGAGCCACGCAACAGACAGAGUCUUACUAUCCCUGGUUCUGGUACUAUGGCUGUCUCAUCAGAGACUGGUCCCCCUACUUCAGGGACAUGUCUUUACGUAACUUGUAUAAAUAUUAACCAUUUGCUUGAAAUAUACAUUAUGAUAAUAUCGCUUUUACAUUUUUCCCUUUUUGGUUUACACUUAUUUGUUGAUUUAAAAAAAUGCUGUUACAGCCAACUUCUCUGACAUUGAUAAUUUAAACACAGUCCUUUAAAUGAUAAACAUUUCAGUAUAUAUUAAGAUUUUCAUGUAAAACUGUGUUACUUGUUGGUCUUCUUCUUUGUAUAAUUGGUUGCUUUUCUGUGGUACAUUUCUGCAUGUUUAUGUCCCAAUUUGAACUUUGUCCAACACCUCUCUCAUUGCUUUUGAAUGAUAUCCACAUGUAAUCAACAGUACUGGGGAGUAGUGAACUACAUACAUGUAGGUCAACUAGUUAUUUAAUUACAUUUUGCAGUAGCUUGGUGGGAGUUGAACGAAAUUCAAAUAUUGGUAGUGUUUGUAGUAGUAAAUAACUUUUUUUUGCCAUGUAGCGAUGUUGCUAACUACACACUACUGUUUCUGCAAAUAUAAAUAAAAUAUGGGUGAAUUAGGCAAGAAUUCUUUCUCAGAAUCACACCUGCCCAAUUCUCACUUGAAACCCUU